CUUUUCCGAUUGUUGCCUAGAGUUGUUGCCUCAGGCAGUUCCAAAUACUUAGGAAUAUAAAAACCAUCUCACUUGUCUUUCCAUCUCCAUCAUGAAUCUGUUCACAUGAUACACCUAUCUCACUAUCGCAUAUUGCGUUUAAGAAAUUUCACUUUUAAUCUCAUAACUCGUUAUGGCUUCAUCUCAGGCUGACUCUCAGGUCGAUCACGACGCACGCUUUAGAGAUGAAGUCUUGAAAGGCUUUGCAAAAGAUCUUCAAGACAUAGCAACUGACAAAGACAAGCAAGACCUUCUCAUAUCUAUCAAGAGAUUUGCCUUUCACUUCAUAAAAGAGCCACUCAAAAGACCUGUGGCAGACUUCUCUACGGUACAGCAGAAUCUUGACGUCUUGUGGUAUAUGUUCUUCAAAGCCAGCACCGCUAUGGAUAGCGACAGCGUGUUCCAGGAUCGCCUUGUCCUUCUUCUAUUGUGGACAAGACAGUUUGAUCUCGUGUAUAAAGGGCUUUACACUGGACAGAAUAUCGCAGGAAACUGGGAAUCUUAUGGCUUUGCAGAGAGUUUAAAGACAUUCUGGGAAGAGCUAGUGAAAGAAGGUUCAGAGGUUGAGCUACGGAGCCUUGCUACUUUCUCUGCCAAGGCCUUGGCUGCUGGUAUAUGCGAGGAUCAGAUCUCCUCAACAGGGCUAUGGUAUAUGCGCAAGGCCCUUGAGACCAGCAAUGAGAACACUGCCAAGUUUCUUCCUGGCGCUGUUGUGUGGAUGGAACUGUGUCCUCACUCACUUCUCAGGGACUGCGUUCUCAGAGCAGACGAACAGCAGCCGCAACAGUCUUCACUGAAUCUUGGGCCCCUUGCGCAGGUUCAAGGUGCUGAUAAAGCUGAAUUCAUCAUGGCACGGUGGUUGUUUUGGAGACGUCGCUUUCAGAAGCUUAGCCAUCACCCCGAUACUUCCAUUGCGCAAGUUGCAAAGAAGGGAUUCAUGGCUAUGAUCCACUGCGGUCGAGACCUUGACUACAGCAUACCAGGAGAAGAUGUUUUUGCUGAGAAAUUGCAGGCCACUAUGUGGGCUGAGCUCGUCAAGAGUGGAAAGGAAAGUCUGGAUGGUGAUGAUAUCGACAUCGACCCCGAUUGGGUUGAUAAGGAGGACUAGGGAGCAUUCAGGAAACUCGUUCGCUAUAAAGGGCCCUUAUUUAUGAAAGUCAUGGACAUCGAAUAUCAUUUAGUUCGUCUACUCCGCUUGCAGAAUGACGCAGUGUAAUAACACGCCGGCUGUGAAAACAACACGCUCAUGAAUCAUCCAAACUCAUUACAUCAAUCCCAAUCCAUCAG